AUGGCAUCAAAGCGAAAGGCGUCCGCCUUGACGGCGCCUGUGGAUGAAGAACCAGUCGAUCCUUCAGAUGAGCUCGCUUUCUACUGCUUAGGGGGCGGCAAUGAAGUUGGGCGAUCGUGUCACAUCAUUCAAUACAAGGGGAAAACGGUUAUGUUGGACGCUGGCAUGCAUCCUGCCAAAGACGGCUUUGCAGCUCUACCCUUUUUUGAUGAAUUUGACUUGAGCACAGUGGACAUACUUCUACUCAGCCAUUUCCACGUCGACCAUUCAUCCGCGCUUCCAUACGUGCUCAGCAAGACCAAUUUCAAAGGUCGCGUAUUGACAACGCACGCCACAAAAGCCAUCUAUAAAUGGCUUAUCCAAGACAACGUCCGAGUCAGCAACACAUCCUCCUCAUCUGACCAGCGCACUACCCUUUAUACCGAACAUGACCAUCUCUCUACCCUUCCUCUUAUUGAAACAGUCGACUUUUAUACAACGCACACUAUCAACAGUAUCCAGGUUACCCCUUACCCUGCUGGACACGUUCUGGGAGCUGCCAUGUUCCUUGUUUCCAUAGCCGGCCUCAACGUACUCUUCACUGGAGACUACUCUAGGGAGGAGGACCGACAUCUGAUUCCCGCCGAGGUUCCCAAGGGCAUCAAGAUUGAUGUCCUGAUCACAGAAUCAACCUUUGGUAUUUCAUCAAACCCUCCGCGUUUAGAACGAGAAGCCGCACUGAUGAAGUCUAUCACUGGAAUUCUUAAUCGAGGUGGCCGGGUCUUGAUGCCUGUCUUCGCUUUGGGCCGGGCUCAAGAACUUCUUUUAAUUCUUGAUGAGUACUGGGAGCGACAUCCUGAAUAUCAAAAAGCACCUAUAUAUUACAUUGGUAACAUGGCUCGCCGCUGUAUGGUUGUCUAUCAAACUUAUAUCGGAGCUAUGAACGACAACAUCAAACGACUUUUCCGUCAAAGAAUGGCCGAAGCCGAGGCUAGUGGUAACACGAGUGUCAGUGCAGGUCCUUGGGAUUUUAAGUACGUGCGCAGCCUUAGGAGCCUUGAGCGGUUCGACGAUGUUGGCGGUUGCGUUAUGCUUGCUUCGCCGGGUAUGCUUCAGACUGGUACUAGCAGGGAGCUCUUGGAGCGGUGGGCCCCCAGUGAACGUAACGGAGUAGUUAUGACUGGAUACAGUGUCGAGGGAACAAUGGCCAAGCAAUUACUCAACGAGCCAGAGCAAAUUCCAGCAACCAUGUCCAAGGUUUCAGCCGGUCCUGGCAGCCGUACAAAUCCAAUGGCCGAUGACGAUCAGAAAGUGAUGAUUCCCAGACGUUGUACUAUUGACGAAAUCAGCUUUGCGGCCCAUGUCGAUGGUGUCGAAAAUCGAAACUUUAUUGAAGAAGUUGGGGCACCUGUUGUGAUCCUUGUACAUGGAGAAAAACACCAGAUGAUGCGCUUGAAAUCGAAACUGCUCAGCUUGAAUGCCGAUAAGACCGUUAAGGUCAAGGUCUACACACCAGCCAAUUGCGACGAGAUUCGCAUUCCUUUCAGGAAAGACAAAAUUGCGAAAGUUGUUGGCAAGCUUGCUGAGGAAACCCAGCCCUCAGACUUGGAUGAGAGUGAACUUAUGGCGGGAGUUCUCGUGCAAAACGGGUUCGACUUGUCCUUGAUGGCUCCAGAUGAUUUGCGUGAAUACGCGGGUUUAACUACAACCACAAUCACUUGCAGACAGCACCUGACGCUCAAUUCUGCCACCAUGGAUCUGAUUAAAUGGGCUCUCGAAGGCUCUUUCGGGGUUAUCGAAAAAUUCGGGACCGAAGCAAAAAAAGAGAAUGGAACAAAUGGCAAACUGUUAGAAGAAGCCGAUGAGGAGAUUGAAUAUGCGGAGAACGAAGCGUACCUGGUGAUGGGAAGUGUGAUUGUGCGAUACAUGGCGCGUACACGCGAGGUUGAGCUGGAAUGGGAAGGUAAUAUGAUGAACGAUGGGGUGGCUGAUGCAGUUAUGGCAGUACUCUUGACUGUUGAGAGCAGCCCUGCAUCAGUGAAGCAAUCGUGCAAACAUAAGCACCACGACCACGACCACGACGAUAAUCUAAUCCAACAAACCCACAAAAACCUCCGCGCACAGGAACGCUUUGCCCAGCUCCUGAUGGUCCUAGAAGCUCAAUUUGGCGAAGCCGUCGCACCAAUUGAGCGCCCGCGUAUUAACAUGAACAAGCCCGCAGCCGAAGCAUCUGGCGAGCUGGCGACAGCCGAAGGCGACGAAGAAAAGCUGUCGGAAGAAGAACUUGCCCAAGCCGAGGCCGCAGAGCUCUCACGCUUACACGCCCUUGGUAUCCCGUUUCCAGGAGUUGAGAUCAAGGUUGACCACCACGUUGCGCACGUGUACCUGGAAGAUCUCGAGGUUGAGUGUGCCAAUGCUAUACUGCGGGAUCGAGUCCGGGUCGUGCUCGAGAGGGCUGUGGAGACCGUCGCGAGCAUGUGGACUGAAGAGGUGAGGAGUAAGAAUGGUUAUAUUGCAAAUGGGAACGGGGUCGCAUACGACCAGAACAAGUUGGCGGAAAAGAAAUUGGCCAUGAUUGAGACGUAA